GUUUCAGCUCUCGACAUUCACCCGACUUCUGAACGCAAACAGAUCGCGGGAGAUGACGACAACGACCACCGGCAGCCACCGGAUUUUUCGCGGUUGAUUUUCAACGCUAUUUCUACUGCUGCAGAGAUAUCAAAGUAUCAUGAGUCACAAAACAAACAAAAACCCGAUAUCUGUUUCUUACUUGAGCUCCUAAUUUGAAUGUGCUUCGCAAUUUAUUCAGAAUAAACGGUUGACGGUCUCCUACAUAUGAUGGGGGUACUGGGAGUGUUAUAAGUUAUGGCUGCCAAUGCAAGAUUUGAAUCGCCUCCAGCCAGUGCUUCUGAGCCAGCUUUUUCCGGACCUUAUUCAAAUGGAAAACGGGGUGGAAGCUUUCGAGAGGGUGCAGAGAGGACGUUCAGUUCAGGGUUUGUUGUCACAAGAAGCGCAGGUAGUGCGCCGGUAGCAUCAAGGAAUUUACCGACGUUGUCUCAGUGUUUAUCAUUUGAGCCGAUUCCGAUUGGUGACUGGAAGAUCGACAGGUCGGUUGAAUUGAAACGGGUCAUGGGGCUUAUUGUUGGAAGCACAUCUGAAGAGAGUUCGUCUUCAUUGUCUGUUGCAGAGGAUCUAAAGCGCUUGAGAUCAAGUGUUGUGGAUACAUGUAACAUAGCUAGGGUCAGGGCAAGCAAAUUGGAGGAGCACUUGCAUAAGUUGGAUAAAUAUUGUGACGGUGUAAUUGCAAAGAAAACGCAGCGUAAUGAAUUAAUGGCUAGUGAUCAAGCAGGUGCUUUAAACUCGAAGAUUGGAACUCAAAUUUACAGAAACGCCACAGAACUUGUAAAUCAAAGAGUAGAAGAUCGUCUUAAGAACGGUCUUUUGAACAAGCGUGUUCGCACGUCGGUUGCAGAAACAAGGGCGGAAUGCCGGAGUAAUGGUCUAAGAAAGCAGCCUGUGGUGACGGCUAAAGAUCGAGAUUCGCUCACGGAAAACGAUGGAGAAUCUGAUAUAUCAGAAGAAAGGGUACCUCGGAUUCCCGCAGGUAGGGACGGGUGGGAUAAAAAGAUGAAAAGAAAACGUUCGGUAGGCACGGCUUCUACAAGAUCUAUGGAUAACAAUGGCGAGCCAAAACGAACCGCUCAAAACAAGGCUGUCAGUGAACCUAUGUUGCAAAAUGAACUUGAGGGGCCCACCAGAGAUCUUACAGGUGGAACAAAUAACGAAAGAAUUCUUACAAAAGGAAACAAUAAGUUGAAUACUCGCGAUGAUAAUUAUAUUCCCAGUGGUAAUUUAGUGACAAAAGGGAAGGCUACGAGGGGUAAUCGUAACGGUGUCAGCUCAUCACCAAGUACACCUCGUUUAGCCGGAACUCCAGAAAGCUGGGAGAACGUGAGUCACGUGACAGGUGGUAGCCAAAUCCCGUCAAUUGGUGGAGCUAAUGAUCGGAAACGGGCUAUGCCCGAGCCCUCGGGCUCGUCUUCUCUUGUUAUGGCCCAGUGGGCUGGUCAGAGACCGCAAAAAAUUUCUCGAACCAGGAGAUCAAAUUUGGUGUCACCUGUCUCGAAUCAAGAAGAAAAAUCAUUAUCAUCUGACAGCUGUUCACACUCUGAUAUUAGUGGUAGAUUAGCAUCUGACGGGACCAAUGGUCCUCUUAUUUCUAAACCGUUAAAAUCUAAACUAGAGCCGGUUCAAUCCCCACAUCGGUUGUAUGAAAACAAAGAAUCUGUUGACCAUUCUUCAGCAGUUGGAACGGAGGUCAAAUCUGUUAUUACCGAAGAAAGUGGUGAGGAUGUGAAGAGACAGGGGCGUGGUGGACGAGGUCCGGUAAUUGCAAAGGCUAGCUCUUUGGUAACCGGGUACAAGUUGGAUAAUACAUCUACGGUUAAGCCAAUAAGAAGUAAUAAGCCUGGUUGUGAGAAGAAUGGAAGUAAAGCAGGACGUCCUUUGAAAAAACUUUCGGAGCGCAAGGGUUUUUCACGUCUUGGCCAUUUGCAAACUGGCGGUUCUGAUUGUACAGGGAAAUCGGAUGAUGACCGUGAAGAACUGCUGGCAGCUGCAAAUCACGCUCGUAGUGCUAGCUAUCUAGCGUGUUCAAGCGCUUUCUGGAAAAAAAUGGAACCUAUAUUUGCUCCUGUCAGUUCAAAAGAUAAAGUCUACUUAUCCACACAGCAGCUAAAGGAGCCUGAUAUUCAGGAAAGCUUUCCUCAGUUUCAUGGUCGUGCAAAUAACAUUGUGAUGAACUUUACACAUGAAGUCUCCGUUUAUGAUACGAACUUUUCCGGAGAAAGAAACAUGCAUGUGAAACAUCAAGGAAGCGAGUCUUUUUCCGGGAGACUUGAUUCCGAUAAAGCAUCUAAAGAAUUCAUCCCAUUGUUCCAGAGAGUAUUAUCAGCACUCAUUAUAGAAGACACCAUUAAUGAACUCGAAGAAGAAGAAAAUAUCGCAAAUAUACCACUUCAAGAUGCUUUUUGUGAUACCAUGUUUCAAAGUAUACAUUCAAUAAAGGUGUCGUUUUCUAGCAAUGGAUGUACCAACUCGUUUAGAAGCCCUUCCGUUUAUGAUUCUCCGUGUGAUGAUGUGGUGUUGGCGGGAAUCUCAAAGAGUUUCAAUCGACCGCAAGUGAUACAAAUGGAAGGUUUUGGCAUUUCUUCAUUUGACAAUCAGUAUGACCAAAUGCGUCUAGACGACAAAAUUCUUUUGGAGCUCCACAGCAUUGGUCUAUAUCCGGAGUUAGUGCCGAAGUUGGAUCACAAGGAGGAUGAAACAAUCAAGCAAGAAAUCAACCAGCUGAAGACAAGACUUCGACAACAGAAUUAUAAAAAGAAGGCGUAUUUGGAGAAAAUCUGUAAGAGUAUAGGAAGCAGCUUUGUAGGGGGAGAUCUUGAGCAGCUUGCAAUGGAUAAAUUGGUGGAGCUAGCUUACAGAAAACUUCUGGCUACUAGAGGGCCUUCUCGAGGUGGGGCUUUAAAGAUCCCGAAGCAUGUUGCGAUGGCAUUUGGAAGGAGAACGCUUGCCAGGUGUCGUAAAUUCGCGAAAUCAGGUGUCAGUUGCUUUAACGUGGCCCCACUUCGUGAUAUUCUUUUUGCUCCACAGGAAAAUGAGUUGGAGACUGCAACCAAGUAUAUGGGAUUCCAAAACUCCCACGCAGAUUCACGGAUAUCGUCAGAUGUGGCUUUUGGCAUUAACGGACCAAUAUCAAACAGAGGAAAGAAGAAAGAGCUGUUACUUGAUGACAUCAGCACUGGUUUUGGCGGUACAACGGGAAAACGUGCAUACCAGGGUGAGAGGAAAAUAAAAGUCAACUCUGCAGGUCAAAUAUCAACCUCAGGGAACGGUUGUAUUAACCAAUCUACAAGAUCACUGCACCCUGUACAGCCUUCACUAAACGGGCCUAAUCAUAAUCGAGACGUUCGGAACGGUAACAUGCCUCAAGAAAUGUCGAACGAGAGUAUGGAGAUCAUUGACCCGCUUCAUGAUUUAGACCCGAUUGAUGAAUUAGGCGUAGGGGGUCCUCAGGAUCUGAGUUCUUUACUGAAUUUUGAUGACGAGGAAUUACAAGACCAUUUUUCAGCAGGACUUGAAAUACCGUUGGAUGAUCUUACGGAACUGAAUAUGUUCUGAUGAAAACCAGAUGGUUUUAAUUUUAAUUUAAACAGCGGAAAUGUAUAUUAUUGUGGCUCUUUUCAGCUAUAUAGGAACUAGGUUUUUACCCGGGAUUGCUUCCCGGGCUCGGGAAACUUAGUUAUAUUAAUUACUAUUUGUUAUUAAUA